UAAAGGACGUCCAAUAGAAAACAAGGAGACAGCUGAUCAGAAAGACGCAAUGAUAAUUCUCUGUUGAUAUAAUACAUAGUAGGUAUUUCUUCUGCUAUAUUUUAGGAGGAAUAACAUGAAAUUAUUAAAAUGGAUAAAUCCUACUUUUUAGAAAAUUAAAACUGAAAUAUGGAGAAUGAAGAUGCUUUGCAAAGUGGUGGAAUGCCAACUAUUGAUGCAAAAGAUUUUUCUUUGCCUGAAGUUGAUGUUGCCAAAAAUGAGGCCAGCAGUGGAUAUGGAUUUCUGCCACAGCUUCCUAGAAGUUUAAAUUUGUUUCCAUUUUUUGGAAGAUAUACUAAUGUUAUACCAGAGGAAACCGAUGGACAAAAACAAUGUCUGCCACAUCACAGAACAGACGCUGUAACCACACAGGUGUAUUCCAAUAUUCAGUCCAGUGCUGGACCUAAGGAUAAUUUGAUCACAGAGGUAAAGAAACUAGGAUUAACAGCACAAGCCCCACAAGUAGAUAGUGAAAUUCACAAAUUUGAACCUUAUUGGGUUGAAGUUGGACCUAAAAAUAGACAUUAUGAUACUCGUCGCCAAUCAGCCGGAAAGGUGAGCAAUGUAAAGCACAAAAAUAACAUAGAUCAUAGCGAUGAUAAAAAAACAAAUGUUAUUCACGAUGACUUAGCUUUGAUUGAAAAAGAGAAAAAGAAAAUCUCUGAACCUGUUGGGUCAUCCCAUGAUGAUCUUGUUGAUUUUAGAAAAGUGGUAAUGGUUCCGCCAAAAACAGGAACAGAAUCUGCUUUGGCAGCAAGCAGACGUGGAAGAAUUUUCAGAAAAUAUGAAUUUACAGCCUCUGAGGAUAAUCCUCAGUUUAGUCGUGGUCAAUUAUUUGGAUCGAACAAGGGGCUUGGACAUCGUAGAUCAAGUUCUACAAGUAAUAUUCCUCAGCUUGAGGGAGAAAUAUGGACAAAAGAUGGAGAUCUAGAAAAAUACCAUUCCACUGACAAUCAACUCGAGUCAUUUCAAGGAAAUAUGGAACAGAAAAGUUCGGGUCUCAGAAGAACAAGUUCAACAGGCGCACUGCAGCGACUUGGAACAGAGCAUACUUUUAAAGAUGAUCAACUUGUAGAAUACCAUAAAGAAGAAGAGAAGGGUUCUGAAAUCAAAAGACAUGAAAGUACAAAUAAUACGCCUUCAAAGGGUUCUAGCUUUGAUACAUCUGCAGUCAAAAGUAAACUACAAAGUAUAGGAAAGAAAACAGUAGAGUUGGCUACUACAAGCAAAGUUCGUCAGAAUAAACGAGAGCGAAAUAUGUUUGCUCCUACAUCUUUUUAAUGAAAGUUUAAACUUAGAUAACAGAUCCAGUACGUAAUAAUACUGUAUACAUAUGAAACAUGAGGUUGUUUUAGAUUUAAAUAUGAUUCAUUCUUACACAAAUGGAGAUUUUGAUAUUAUAAAAACAUGAAUUUAUUUGAUAUCAAAGCAUUUAUUAGUGAAGUUCAGGCAUAUAAAGCAUGUAAAGUAUGUGCUACCUAUUGAUCUGUUUAAAAAGCUUUUUUAGCUUGUGAAUAAUUCAAUAACUCCUAUUGAGAGGUGUUUAUACUUUUUUACCAUCUUGCUUGAAAUCAUUACUCACAAAAAUCUGUUAAAUGUUUUGAUUGGCCAAUCAUUUUUGUUGUCAUGUCUGAUUUUAAAAUAUUGUUUCAAAUACAAAGUCGUGUAUCAUAUCAUUUGAGAAUGAAAUGGGUAAUGUUUUCUAAUUGUUUAAAAUUAAAACCGCUUGUCUUUCAAAUAUAUUCAAGUUUUUAAUACAUCAUUUACAUGAAACUUUUUUGUACAAUUUUAUUAAAUAUUCUGCUAUCUUUUAAUUGCAUGCACCUUUGCUAUAUUACUUAAGCAAUACUGUUAGCUAUGUUAACGGGUAUAAGUAUUUCCUGAAUUAAAUAUAUAAAUGACUGAUUUGACCUCAAUAUUUUACAUAUUCAAGCCUUUUGUGUACUGUAAACUACAGAAGUUAUUAUGGUCAUUUAUUAUUUUGGAAGAAUAUGAGAUUUUUUAUUUCAAUUUCAUUGUAAAUCUACUCACAUUCAUGACAUUAUUUGUAUUGAUAUUAUGUUUUCAUACUUCCACUCUAAUGACUAUAUUUCUACCUUAGGGAAGUAGGGAUCAUUUUCUGUGUAACCAUUCCUUUUAACUCACAGUUUUUGGUUUCCUAAUGUUAACUAGGUACAUGUAUGUUUACCAUGUAUGAAUAUAUAUAUAUGUGUGUAGUGCUAUUCUACUUUAAAUGUACAUGUGUAAAUGAUACCUUGUUAGUGCUUGUGUUCAAAAGUAUGUUUUUAUAUUUUAAUUCAUUAACUUUUUCAUUUAUAAACCUAUAUAUAAUUGUAGUACUUCGUUAUUUCAUAUUUUACAAUCAUGUGUGCAAUUAGUUCGUACGGGAUAAAUGUUCAGGUGUAUAUUAUUAGAAAGUUUACAAAGGAAUUAAAAGAAAACAGUGUGGUUCAUGAAUCAGAAAUAAUUAUCUUUAAAUUUUUACAUACAUGAACAUGUGAAAGAGUGUUAUUGAAUGUGUAAGAAAUUGUUUACUUUUUUGAUUUUUAUCUCUAUUUUGUAUGUAUACGAAUCCUAAAUAUUUAUAAUGGUUUUUUUAUAUGAUGGUUACAGGAAUAACUUAUGAAUGUUGUGAAUUAAUUGGUAAUCCAGUAUUUACACCAGCUUUUACUGCUGACUAAAUAACAAUAUUUGCAUCAUUUGUCCGUAUAAAUUUGCACUAUUUGAUAAACCCAAAAUCAUAUCAUCCAUUUAAUAAAGUGGUUCAUGAAACACUGAUAACUUAUGAUUUGAACACAUUAUAAAAAAUGUAUUUCACACAAAUGUUAUAAAAUAUUUUACAUUGUCAAUGUAUGUCAAUUUAAUUUAUUGUGGUUUUAAAUUUUUCAUAUUAAUGUACAGUGAAACAAAGACAUUUAUACAAUGUAAUCAUAUUAUGAGUUUUUAUUAUCUUCAUGUUUCACAGUUUGAAUUGCAUUCUCAUCCAUCAUAUCUGUACUUGUAGUUGCAUUAAGGACCAUUUUGGGCUAUACAAUAAAUAAUUACAAAAUAUACAUGAAUUUCAUAGUAUAAUGGUAUAUGAAUGUAAUCAAAAUCUCAUCAUUGUAAGGUCUUUCUUGUUCCAUGAAUAUUCAUCUAUAAUUGAGAGCGAUACUACGGGCCAACCUGGACUAUGUUUUUCAAAACUUCUUAGUUUAGACAUGCAUUUUGAUCGAGUAACAUCAGGCAAAUAUAUUCAAAACUACCAGUAUGUCUAAAAUGUUUGUUUGAGAGAGGUUUUAUAUAUAUAAUAUAUAGAUGAUGCAGCGAUUGUUCUAUCAGCCCUUGCAGGCACUGUUUUUUUUUUCCAAUAAAAAGAACACAAUUCAAUUUUUGUUAGACAUAUGAAAAGAAAAAAAACACUUGAUUUUGUAAUGUCUUAGAAUUGUCAGAUUUAUCAAUAUUAGUUACUUAAACUUCCGACUUAUAAGCGAGUAACUACAGUAGUGUCAUCAACAGCAUUCACUUAAUUUUUGUUUUGUUUAUUUUUGUUUAAGGGCUGAGCCAAAAUUGAUUUGGGUGCAGGGAUGGGAGGCACUUUAAUUAAGUAAUUGUGGUUUGGUGUGUUCUCCUUAGAAUUUUGUAAGAAUUGUAUGUCAAAAUGUAUUUAGAGUUUUGAAUUUAUAUUGUGGUUCAUGCGGGUCAAAAGAUGGUGCCUCCCUCACCCCACCUCCAUGUAUUUAAUUCUUGGACAGCACUUAUAUGAUACCUAUUCAGUAUUCACACCAUUUUUUUUGGGAAAUGAAAUUGUUACAAGUGAUCCCAAUUAGAAUUAGAUAUGUUUUAUGAAUAUUACAUUAAUUCGUGAUAUUAUAUGAAACCAAAGAUCAAAUCAUCAGGGGUACAUGUAUGUUUAUCGUUCUUAAGGUGUUUAAAAAAAUGGUCCAAAUUUUCGAAGGUACAUUUAUCUUUAUCAGGUAUUAAACGAAUGUCUUAACUAGUUAUUGUAUGAUUUUACAAAACUAUAUUGGUAUGUGCCAUCUGGAAAAGUUAAACAAAAAUUCAAUAAUUGUCAUAACUUUGAUUGUAUUAUUUACAUUGUACUUGAUGGUGAGGUAGAAAUAUUUGAAAAAUAUAAAAUCAUCCCCCAUUUAUGCCAGUAAUUAUUUUUAUACCUUUAGUAGAGCAAACAUCUGGUUUAUUCUUACUGAGACUGGUUCACACUAUUCACAAAAACUGUUCUUAAUGUUUAUUUUGACUUGUUAAUGAUGUAACCAAUUUUUUCCUUGAUUAUGACCCAUUUAUUUUUAUGAAAGUAUUUGAUCUGAACUGCAUAUUUUUCGUUUAUAAAUGUACAGGUACAUGUAUUUAUUUACAUCUUUGAAUGUAUAAGAUUUUAUAAGAAAUGUCAAACCUCAUAAUGUUUUUAAUUCUUUACUUACAUCCAUGUAUAUAAAACGAACAUCAGAUCUAGCUUUAAAGCAUUAAAUGUUUUCACUUU